UCGAUGGUUGAGGUUAUUGCGUCGACUCCGCGCUCGAUCUGAAGCAGCCGAGAGUUCCUCCGUUUUGUUCGCUCGAAUGUUAUUGUGGUCCUUAUUAUGACAUUCGUCUUCCCUCUCGAGAGGCAAGACCAGAAUGCCAUCCUAGCUUGCGGAAUCGUGUUUACUCUUCUGUCGGUGGUGGUGGUUGGUCUUCGUGUGUUGGCCAGGCGCAAAGCGAAUAGAUUACUUGAUGCGAGUGACUAUUUGAUCAUUACAUCAUGUAUUGUCGUGGUCGCCUACCAAGCCAUAGUCAUUUCAUCGGUUCUGGUGGCUGGAUUGGGCUUCCAUGUCGAAGAAAUAAAACAUAGAUUUGGGAUAGAGUCUGGUUCAUCGCUAUUUUUCAAGCUUCUGAUUCCUAUGCAAGUCUUAUGGGCAGUAAGCCUUGCCCUCUGUAGGAUUUCAAUCAUCCAUCUGUUCUCGAGGAUAUUUGUAGUACAAAGUUUUAUCAUAAUAGCCAGGGCUACUUAUGUGUUAAUUGCAUUAUGGGCUCUGGCAGCAAUAUUUACCGCUUUUCUAAUAUGCCAACCUUUCCCAUUCAAUUGGGAUAAGACGAUCGAGGGAGGAACAUGCGGAGAUGCUAUGGCAUCGUGGAUUACAACAGGCGCUUUAAAUAUGGUUUCCGAUUUAAUAAUCCUAAUCAUGCCGAUUCCCUAUAUACUAGGGUUGGAGCUGGCUUUGCCGAAGCGGUUGAUACUUGCAUCGACUUUUGGCGUAGGGAUAUUGACGUGCGUUAUAAGCCUUUUACGAAUUACCUCGAUGACUACAAUCGACUUCUACGACGUAACUUACACGAUAUCGCGCACGAUACUAUUCAGCGCUCUUGAACCCUGCGUCGCUGUAAUACUAGCCUGCGUCAUCACCCUACGACCUCUUUUUGGUGGACAAUAUCUACCGGAUGGUACAGCGACUUUCAGCCCGCGAGCAAUCGAGGCUAUGUCGAGGAGAAAUCCGAGCAGUCGCCAUUUCAAACAACUCAAUGACGAAUCGGAGACGCGACUUAGGCCAGAGGAGGUUAGGUACCAAACAUACAUCACGAAAUCGCCGGAACCAUUUGCGGGUCUUGGUAGUAUGGGAGAAGGACUUGAGAUGGGAUCAAUCUCGAUAAAACAUGAAUGGACUGUACAAGAAGAACGGCGGCCGACGACAUCGGACACGAAUAUUGAGAAGAAGGAAUUAGGGUAACUCCGCAUCAGCUAAAGCUCAAUCCUUCCAGUGCAAGAUGAGCUAUUCGACAUCGUCUAUCAGCAAGUUACCACACCUUGCUAAUAGAGCUCAAGAAAUAAACCAGUAAAAUUGAGUCACAUCUAAUUAUAAACAAAUUCGGUCGGUUUACGAAGGUGAUCUUUGUCACGAAUGAACAAUAUUUAUUGAUGACGCUGUUGAUAACCCGUCACAUUCGAACCAAAAAGUCGA